AUGAAGGAGUAUAUAAAGACGCCGGUUGAGUAAACCGACGUGUACAAGUUUCGCUAAGAAAAUGUUUCCUACAUGGGUAGUUUGUUCAAUUUUUGUGAGUUACGUUUAUGUCGUUUACGGUUAUCAGCCCCUUACAUCCAGACAACUGCGGUCAGAAUCGGAUCGAAAUGCGGCAAAAGUUAAUUAUUCACAAUUUGGUAACGUGGAGAGUUACUCAGGUUACUUGCUGACAGAUUCUAGCCAUAAAACGAAGCUAUUUUAUUGGUUCUUCCCGGCUAAGGUAAAUAAAAAUACAGCUCCAAUAAUUUUAUGCUUACAAGGUGGUCCGAAAACGUCGAACCUCAAAAUGUUAUUUUUUGAAAAUGGUCCUUUCAAAAUUGUGGACCAAGACAAUGUAGCCAUAAGAGACAACUCGUGGAUUGAACACAGUUCUUUGCUUUACAUCGACAGUCCAGCUGGAGUAGGUUACAGCACCACCACUGCUGAUGCAGCUGUUAGCAUACUACUUGUGUCCUCACGCUUACGUGGGGCGCUCAAUCACUUUUUCAUAAUCUUCGAUAACUACAAAACCAAUGAUAUCUAUCUGUACGGAGAGGAAUACUCCGCAUUAUAUGCAAUUCAGUUAGCCAAACAGUUACAGUCGGACCUUCCCACGAAUUUGAAAGGUAUAAUGAUUGCAAAUGGAUUAGUGGAUCCGGCUCGCCAAAUUGUGUACUCUGACCACCUUUAUUAUAUGGGUGUAAUUAGCGAUAAGGUGAAGGACGAAAUUAGCGCGCUGGAAACUACUUUGAAAAGUAACUUAAAUGCGAAGAAUUGGACCAGUGCCGACGCUACGUAUAACCAGAUAUUCGAAAAAAUCAAAACGAAGGCAGGUUACAACUCACUCGCCAAUAUCGACUAUACCGACGACCAGAAUGCCCAACUUAAGACAGCACUGGAAAAGUUCCUGAAUAAGAAUGACGUUAAAACCGCGUUGCACGUUGCUAACAAUCAGUUUAAGUUGUCCACAGAGAUGACCACUCUAUUCACAGACCACUAUGAGUCAAAAAGUAGUAUGGUGGGAGAUUUGCUUCAAAACUACAAGGUUCUAUUUUUACAUGGAAAUCUAGACCUCAAGCAUUCGUAUAGUUCACUUAUAUCGUACAUUGAGGAUUUGCCAUACUCGUCCAUUCAAACUUACAAGGAUUCUACAAGACAAAAACUUUGUUUGGGGGAUGAUGUUGCUGCGUACAUCAAGAAAGGUGAAAAUCUUAACGAAGCCAUGGUCAGAAACGCCGGUAUGCACGCUGCAAUGGAUCAACCUGGAUAUGUCUCGGAGCUGGUGAAACGGUUUGUUAAUAAACAAACUUUGUGGACGGUACCGGACGCCGAUGGGAAGAUAUCAUGCGUUCCUUCUUAAUAAGAAGCUCAAUUUUAGUUCCGUAACGAUGAACGACUUUCAACCUAGUACCUAUUCUAUUAGGUACCUAUCUUAUCACUGAUAAUUUUUUAAUACACGUUUUUUGCUUCAAAAAGUUUUGAUCUUUGGAACUGUAAUAAUAAUUAGGAAUCAAAUGGGAGGAAGAGAAGUCACUGACUGUUUUAAAUAAAAAGUUAUAAGCGGACCAGUAAUGGUAACGUUUUAUCUAUGUGUUUUUGCACUUUUGACUCUUGCCAAAACGAAGGGGUAUAAUGGUUUGUCAAUAGCAAUUUACAACUCUGACAUUCAAAAGUUACACAUUUAGCGGGCCUAUCAUGCAAGUUGCCAGUUCUUUCAGGGAACCUUUUGAACGCACAUACUGGUGCGUUUAGAAGUCACUCAUAACAUACAAAUCCUCGGCUCAGAAGGAGUAUUGGAAAUCACAACC